AUCAGAAAUGUAGAAAUAGAAAACCCGGCUAGUUGGAAUGAUUCGAUCCCUUGCUAGGGUUUGAUAAUUGCGAGGGGAUCGUCAUUCAUGGAGUAUUUACAGGCUCAUACCAUCGAGAUCGUCGGCGUGGCAGUCGCUGUGGUGGCCGUCGCUGCCGGAAUCGCCUACUUGUAUCUCAGCAAGAAAGCAAAGGGUUGCUUGGACCCGGAAAACUUCAAGAAAUUUGAGCUUGUUGACCGGAAGCAGUUGAGUCAUAAUGUUGCCAAGUUCAGAUUUGCUCUUCCGAAGCCUACGUCUGUAUUGGGUCUUCCCAUUGGUCAACAUAUUAGUUGCAGGGGUACGGAUAGUCUUGGUGAAGAGGUUAUCAAACCUUAUACUCCCACUACACUGGACUCAGAUGUUGGGUACUUUGAGCUUGUGAUAAAGAUGUAUCCUCAAGGAAGAAUGUCUCAUCACUUCCGUGAAAUGAAAGUUGGGGACUAUUUGUCAGUUAAGGGGCCCAAGGGACGUUUCAAAUAUCAAAUUGGUCAAGUUAGAGCAUUUGGAAUGCUAGCAGGAGGUUCUGGCAUAACUCCAAUGUUCCAGGUUGCUAGAGCAAUAUUGGAGAACCCCAAGGACAAGACCAUGGUUCAUCUUAUAUAUGCGAAUGUGACAUAUGAUGACAUUCUUUUAAAGGAAGAGCUGAAUAGCCUUUCAGAAAACUAUCCUGGUCGCUUCAAAGUCUACUAUGUCUUGAAUCAGCCACCAGAAGUUUGGGAUGGCGGCUUUGGCUUUGUAUCAAAAGAAAUGAUUCAAUCUCACUGCCCAGCUCCUGCACAAGAUAUUCAGAUCUUGAGGUGUGGCCCACCACCUAUGAAUAAGGCCAUGGCUGCUCACCUUGAUGAGAUCGGAUAUACAAAGGAGAUGCAGUUCCAAUUCUAAUUACAUUCUUCUUAAAUUUCUAUGAACUUCUGAACAUUUAAAUUUGAUUUUUGUUUUAUCAACCAAACGAAUUGAAGCAGCAGGUUUAUGUAUUCGGCAAUCAAAUAAUAUAAACGGAAAUGUUUUGUAUUUUUGGUUAAAUUUAAUACCUGAACCCUUUUUUGUCUUACCGGAUAAACAGUUCUAUGUACUUUUAAGAGGUCUGAGGUACUAUUUGGGUGGAAUUAUCA